AUGACCUUAACUCCUUAUCAUUUUGAUCAAGAGGCAGGGAGGAAGGACCUUGCAACUAUGAUUGUUCUAUAUGAGUAUCCUUUGAGCAUGGUUGAUCAUUAUGGGUUUAGAAGAUUUUGCAACACCGUUCAACCGUUGUUCAAGGUUGUGAGCAAGAACACUAUUAAGAAGGACAUAAUGAAGAUUUAUGGCUUAUUGGUGAUUGGACAAGCAAUUGCAAGAAUCUGUGAAAGUGUUGCUUAUUGGUCAACAUUGCCCCAAAGAGAGCAAAAAUUUGUUGAAGCAUCACAUCAAAUGGGCAUUGAAAGUACGAAGAAGUUGGCUCUUGACUAUAAGACUCGUUGGAACUCAACUUAA